AUGAUUUUACUUUCUUUAGUAUCAAAGAGUAGAACAUUAAAAAAAAAUGGAAACUCAUUUAUUGAUUAUACUUUAUAUAAACAUUCGGAUUUAAAUGAGACAUGGAUUAUUUGUGAAGGACAUCUGAAUUAUCGUUAUGAUCGAAUAAAACUACUCAAUAUUUCACAAUUUGCUAUUUAUUAUGUUGUGUUAGCAAAAAUUCCUACGGAUGAUAAUAAAGAAAUAAUGGCGAUUUAUUUAUACAGAAAUCAACAACAAAAACCAUCGAAUUUUUUUCAAUUGAAUGAAUAUGAAAGAAUAUCUGAUCAAUGUUCAAAACCAGUAAAAUCGAAAUAUUUUCUAUUUGAAUUAACUGGAAAACAUCAAAAUGAUAUUGAAAUAUUUGGUGCGAAUAAUGUCAUCGAACGAGAUAAUUGGAUUAAAUAUAUUAGUGAAGCAUUAGAUUGGACAAAACAAAAUUUAAUUUUAGACAAUUUAUCGAUAAAUGAACCAAAUUUUAGACGAAGUUGGAAAGAAGAUUCCUAUAAAACGGAACAUGUUAAUGCUUAUGUUCGUUCACAUUAUGAACCAUUUGUUGACAGUAAAGAUGGAAAUCAAUCAGCAAUUAAUAAUGGACUUCAUAGUACUUCAUCCAUUCCGAGUAGUAUCUUUAUGUUACCACAUCGUUCACCUCCCCCAAUACCGAAAGAUGAACCGUUGAACUCAAAUAAUAAGAAACAAAAUGGAAUGCAUCGAAGUCAUAGUCUUCCUGUUUGUCAAACGACAGAAAAAAAUAUUUAUCUUCAAGCUCAAGAAAUUUUACCAUCUGUAAUUAAAGAAGAUGAUGAGAUUUCUCAUAGACAUCAAUCAACAUUAUUGGAAGAUCGAUUAUUUACAUGGGAUGAUAUUUUUUAUUCUAAUGAAUUGCAGGAUCAUGCACGUGUUUUGAAUGACGUUGGUGAAAUUGGUGCUUUUCUUAUUCGACCUCAAUCAGAAAAUAAUAACAAACUCAAUGAACAUAAAUAUACAUUAAGUAUUUAUGCAUUCGGUGGAAUUAUUAAAUAUAAAAUUUUAUAUCUAUCGAAUAAUAAAAUUAGUUUAAUAAAUGAUAUUAAUCAACCGAGUUUUGAUAGUAUUUCUAAUCUUUGUCAAUACUAUACAAAUCAUCCAUUACCUCGUUCAUCAUCACGAGAUAAUACAUCCAAAGCAUCUGUUGGAAAUCUUUGUUUAAAAUGGCCAUAUACAUACUAUUUACAUUAUUCGAGCAAAUUUUAA